GCAAUCCAUGCUGCCUCCGUGCCAUGGCUUGGGAGCCGCUUCACGCUCCCGAAGCAGCGCUGGAGUCGGAGCCGCUGUUUCUGCUUGGAGCGAACGGCGGUGGAAAUGCCAAGGACAAGGAAACCAUCAUCUGGGACGAGAGUCGCCGCUGCUUCGCAUUUCGCUGGCCGAGCCUUUUGGACCAGGUCUCUGCAAAGAGGUUCUUUCAGGACUUGCAGGCCUCAGCGCCUUGGGACCAACUCAGGGGCAGACAUGGAAAUGUGGUUCGGUCGACCUGUUGGUAUGUGCGGAAUGGCUGCAGCUGCGGGUACACCUAUGGAAAUGCAAGGGUGGGCCUCACCCGAAGCAUCUGCAGUCAGUUCAAAAAGACCAUGGAAGAUCUCACCGCCCUGGUUUUCUCGUCGCUGGCGCCCGGCCUGAGCCCAGACUUGUGGCCCAACUCCGCAAAUUUGAACUACUACGCAGAUGGCCUGCAGUCCGUUGGAUGGCACGCAGACGACGAGAGCUUGUUUGGAGGAAAGUGCCAGGACUGCUCCAUUGUCUCGCUCUCACUGGGUGGUCGGCGUGAAUUCUGGAUCGCUUUGAAAGAUGACGAGGCCGAGCCCAUUAAGGAGACCGUGGUUGAAGUGGACCUUCAAGAUGGGGAUGUCCUGAGCAUGGAAGGGAUGAUGCAGAAGCACACGAUGCACUUCCUGACGCGGGAACCGCAUCAUCGGGCACCAUUUUGGCCACCGCGCAUCAACAUCACCUGGCGCUGGAUUGUGAACCACCGCCCCUGUUGCUUUUUACGCCACUCGGCAACUUCAGCGCCAUGUGCCAAAGAUUUGCACGUGCCGCAGUCUUUUCCAGGGGAGAGAGUCGCCUCCAGCCCCUGGAUGAAACCAUGGCCAGAUGAGUUUCAGCAUCCACCAAAGGAGUGGAGGUGCUGCAUGCAGUGCAGACAUAACGGAUGGCAAGGUGGCCGCAACUGCGUCGAAGUGAAAGGAGAGUGGCUUUGCCGUCACUGCGCGAGCGCCUGUCGUGGGCAAGAAGUGGACCCCACGGACAGAAUGGUGGAAGAACUGCGACGGCGGCUGGUUGGAAAGGUGAAGCUUCUCCAGAAGAAACGGUGCUUAAGGAACUCAUGGGAGAGUUUUUGCGACAGGAACCAAGGCUUCCGAGACCCUGGCCGUUACUCGCCCACUUUGCUGCUGUCGUGGCUGGAGAGUGUCGAUGAAGUACCGGAGGAUCUGCAAAAGGUGCUUCAGGAAGCGCAAGCGGAGUUGGCCACCAUGAGCGUAGAUGGCUCCAGUACGAAGGAGAAGCUUGUGAUCCAAGGUGAUCAGGAGCGAAGAAGACAGAACAAGCUGCUGCAGCACCGACGAAAGAAGCAUCCUGACAAAGCUCAAAAAGGUGGAGCUGUGUUGCGUCUCGACGUCUCAGAGUUGUACAUUGCAGCCAGGAGAUCACUUUCAGCCCUGGCUGUGCUGGGAUCCCUGGGCCUGAUGAUCUCAUAUUUGAGAUUUAUUUUAAUCGUUUGAAAAACAA